UAGCAGAAGGUGAUGACGCCACUUCCUGACCGGUGGGUUUGCGGGAAGUUUGGUCCUCCUGUCAGUUAAUCAUUAAGUCAGCAACAAACACGAAGCUACGAUGCCUCCUAAAGCUAAGCCUGCUGGGAAGGGCAGAGCUCCAGCUAAGAGGAAGCUGGCAGAGGAAUUCCCCCCAGGAGAGGUCCUCACAGACACGGGGAAGAGGUCCUGGAAGCUGGGGGCUCCUAUCGGCCAGGGGGGCUUUGGUCUCAUAUACCUGGCUGAGGAGAAUUCAGCCAAAUCUGUUGGAGCAGAUGCUCAGUAUGUCAUCAAAGUGGAGCCGAGCGAGAACGGCCCUCUGUUCUCUGAGCGGAUGUUCUACAUGAGAGCUGCUAAACCUGAUCUGAUUCAGAGCUGGAUGAAGGCUCACAAACUGAAAAGUCUUGGGGUCCCGAGGUACUGGGGCUCCGGUCUUCACGAGAAAGGAGGGAAAAGCUACAGGUUCAUGGUUAUCGACAGACUCGGCACAGACCUGCAGAAGAAGUUUGAACAGGGUGGAAAAAGGUUUCCAAGAAAGCUGGUGCUGCAGCUCGGACUUCGACUGGUGGACAUCCUGGAGUACAUCCAUGAACAUGAGUACGUGCACGCUGAUGUUAAGGCAUCAAACCUCAUGCUGAGCCACAGCGAUCCCAACCAGGUGUAUUUAGUAGAUUACGGGCUGGCAUACAGGUACGCCCCCGACGGUGUCGUGAAAGAGUACAAAGAAGACCCGAAGAGGUGUCACGACGGCACCAUCGAGUUCACGAGCAUCGACGCCCACAAAGGAGCAUCUCCGAGCAGACGUAGCGACCUGGAGAUCCUGAGUUACUGCAUGGUUCAGUGGCUGUGUGGACGCCUGCCCUGGGAGGACAAACUGCAGGACCCGAUCUACGUCAGAGACUCUAAGAUCAGGAGCCAAGGCAACAUCUCUGAGUUCAUGAGCAAGUGUUUCACCUCUCAAGACAAGCCAGCUGAGAUCCAGAGGUUCAUGGAGGAAGUGAAAUCGUUGGGAUAUCAGGACAAACCAGCGUACGACAAGCUUCGCUUCAUCCUGCAGGACGGACUGAAAUCCAUCCAGGCUAAAGACGACGGGAAACUGGAGUUCGCUGCCGUUAAUGGAGCUGCACCUCCUUCUGCACAGAAAACAACCAAGAGAAAGAAAGUGAUUGAAGAAGCAGGAGAGAGUGAGACCGAUGGAAGCCCCAUGAAGAAAAAGAGAGCAACGAAGAAAAAAGAGGUGAACGGAGUGAAGAAAAGUCCCAAGAAGACGCCGAAAACAAAAAAGACUGAUCCUAAAUCCCGACUGGUGGAGACCGGGACGCAGACGUCACCGGGGCUUGCCCAGAAGUCGAGAGGGAGAGCGAAGAAGACCAGCUCAUAAAGGCCUGAGCUACACUCCUCUUUCUGUCCCCUUCUUCCUAAAAAUUCUUUUAUAUCUGAGCUUUUUCUGUCACACACCAAGAGACCGUCAUGUUUUAUGCUUUUGGUGUGUUUAAAACCAGACUGAUUGUAAUAAAGAGAAAAUAAAAGUGUU